CACUGCCUCUGCCGCAGCCAUUGCCUUCCUGGCUCCUGUUCUCUCUCUCUUCCCCCGUCUCGCCUCGCACCAUUAAACCCCACCCGCGCGCGCGGCGGCCGGCGGCGAGCCCCACCCACCCAGGCACGCGGAGGAGGGCGCGGGCGUGCAGCAGCGCCAGGGGGAGGCAUGGGGACCCUGGGGCGCGCGAUCUUCACGGUGGGCAAGUGGAUCCGCGGCACGGGGCAGGCCAUGGACCGCCUCGGAUCCACCCUCCAGGGCGGCCUCCGCGUCGAGGAGCAGGUAUCAAGGCAUCGAACAAUCAUGAACAUUUUUGAGAAAGAGCCAAGGAUCCAUAGAGAUGUAUUUGUUGCUCCCAGUGCAGCAGUCAUUGGUGAUGUUGAGAUUGGACAUGGAUCGUCAAUCUGGUAUGGCUCCAUUUUGAGAGGUGAUGUCAACAGCAUUCAUAUCGGAUCUGGAACAAAUAUACAAGACAAUUCCCUUGUACAUGUUUCAAGAUCUAACAUCAGCAGGAAGGUCCUCCCAACCAUAAUUGGAAGCAACGUCACAGUAGGUCAUAGUGCUGUUCUACAUGCAUGCACCAUUGAGGAUGAAGCUUUUGUUGGUAUGGGUGCCACUCUGCUUGAUGGAGUGGUGGUUGAAAAGCACAGCAUGGUUGGCGCAGGAUCUCUUGUUAAGCAGAAUACAAGGAUUCCUUCUGGAGAGGUCUGGGUUGGUAACCCUGCAAAAUUCCUAAGGAAGCUUACAGAAGAGGAGAUUGCGUUCAUUGCCCAAUCAGCAACCAACUAUAUCAACUUAGCCCAGGUCCACGCAGCUGAGAACUCCAAGAGCUUUGACGAGAUUGAGCUCGAGAAGAUGCUGAGGAAGAAGUAUGCGCACAAGGACGAGGAGUACGACUCGAUGCUUGGGGUGGUCCGUGAGAUCCCACCUGAGCUCAUCCUCCCCGACAACAUCCUCCCGCACAAUGCUCAGAAGGCUGUUGCCCGCUGAACGCUUCCUGGUGGCCCUCUUGGGACACUUGGUGUUGUUGCCUGUUAACUUGGAACGUUUUGACACGAGUUUGGGUAUUAUUUCUCUGUUUUUCCCUGCCCAAUAAGAUUGGGUCGAGCGUUGUUUUAGGAUCGACCGUACACACCACCUCUAUUUUGAACUGCAAUGAAGAGAAGCUCAAGAUAUCUUUUUCACCGUGUUAUGAGGAAUUCGUAAUUGAAGUGGUCCUGUUUGUUGUUCUUUUGCUUAA